UCUGCCCGUCAAGCAUUAUUUAUUGUGUCAUAAUAUUAAACUGCUUUAUGGUAGUGCAUCUGUACAGCUGAUAAAGGCUAUAAGGCUGGAUGUACUGACAAGAUGUUCCAUGCUGAGUUUCACACUGGACUCAUAAUAAUAUGUUUCAUCAACUCUGCCUUUGCCACAUUUCAUCCCUUGGCAGAAAUAGAAGACACUCUGCUACGGAAUUUAUUUGCUGGCUAUCAAAAAUGGAUCAGGCCUGUGCAAAAUCCUAACACCACAAUUACAGUCAAUUUUGGUUUAAAAAUAUCUCAGCUUGUUGAUGUGGAUGAAAAAAAACAGUUGAUGACGACAAACGUUUGGCUAAGACAGGAAUGGGUGGACUUUAAGUUGAAAUGGAAUCCUAAAGAUUACGGUGGAAUUACCUACAUCAGGGUUCCGUCUGAAACACUGUGGCUUCCUGACAUUGUUCUUUUUGAAAAUGCAGAUGGGCGUUUUGAAGGAUCCCUUAUGACUAAAGCCAUAAUAAGAUAUGAUGGUACCGUGAUAUGGACUCCACCAGCGAGCUAUAAAAGUUCCUGUACAAUGGAUGUAACUUUUUUUCCAUUUGAUCGUCAGAACUGUUCAAUGAAAUUUGGAUCGUGGACUUAUGAUGGGAAUAUGGUUGACCUCAUUCUUCUGGAUGCAAAUGUAGACAGGAAAGAUUUCUUUGAUAAUGGAGAAUGGGACAUUUUAAACGCUACAGGACAGAAAGGAAUGAGAAAAGAUGGCAUUUACUCCUAUCCACAUAUCACAUAUUCUUUUGUCUUGAGACGUCUUCCGUUGUUUUAUACGCUUUUCCUUAUAGUUCCUUGCCUUGGGCUAUCUUUCUUGACUGUUCUUGUGUUUUACUUGCCAUCUGAUGAAGGAGAAAAGUUGUCAUUGUCCACAUCUGUCCUGGUUUCACUUACAGUUUUCUUACUUGUUAUUGAAGAAAUAAUCCCAUCAUCUUCUAAGGUAAUUCCACUAAUCGGAGAGUACCUCUUAUUUAUCAUGAUAUUUGUAACCUUAUCUAUUAUUGUUACCGUAUUUGUCAUUAAUGUUCAUCAUCGUUCCUCCGCCACAUAUCAUCCAAUGGCUCCCUGGGUGAAAGGACUUUUCUUACAAAAACUUCCUAAACUGCUCUGUAUGAAAGGCCAAGUUGAUCGUUUUUCCUUCUUGAAUUCAGAGACUAGUACCCAACAAGCGAAAACAAAAGUAUCCAGCAAACGAAAACUGAUACACGCAAACGACGGGGAAAAAUUAUUGAUUGCAUUCUUGGAGAAAGCAUCUGAUUCUAUUAAAUAUAUAUCAACUCAUGUAAAAAAGGAGCAUUUUAUUAGAAAGGUGGUGCAAGACUGGAAAUUUGUUGCUCAAGUUCUGGAUCGCAUUUUCCUUUGGCUGUUUCUGACAGUGUCUAUUACAGGAUCAGUUCUGAUAUUUACCCCUGCUCUAAGGAUGUGGGUAAACAGCAGCUAUGUUUAAACCUGGGCUUCAAGAAACACUUAAAGGAACAUAAAACCCAGAAUGGUUCUUUCAUAAUUCAGAUACAAUGUACAAAUACAUUUUUUUUUUUUUAAAACUGUUAUUAUUACAUUUUCUUCAUCCUCUUGGUAUCCUUUGUUGAAAAGCAGGUAGGUUGGUUUAGGCGCGUGCACAUGUUUGGAACAAUCUACAGCAGCAGUUUUGCAAGAAUGCUUUUAAAGGGACAGUCAAGUCCAAAAUAUAUUUUCAUGGUUCAGAUAGGGCAUGUAAUUUUAAGCAACUUUCCAAUUUACUUUUAUCACCAGUUUUGCUUUGUUCUCUUGGUAUUCUUAGUUGAAAGCUAAACCUAGGUAGGCUAAUAUGCUAAUUUCUUAGACCUUGAAGGCCGCUUUUUAUCUAAAGGCAUUUUGACAGUUUUUCACCACUAGAGGGCAUUAGUUCACGUAUGCCAUAUAGAUAACAUUGAGUUACCUAGAAGCAAGCACUGAUUGUCAAAAAUGCAAGUCUGUCGAAAGAACUAAGAUAAGGGGGCAGUUUGCAGAGGCUUAGAUAGAAGGUAAUCACAGAGGUAAAAGUGUAUUAUAACUGUGUUAGUUAUGUAAAACUAGGGAAUUGG